UGCGUGUGCCGGAGCCGGCGGGGGCGGUGGUGCGUGCGCAUGACGCGGGGGGAGGGCCCGGGCCGCGCGCUCCCGGUCCCGUUGUUGUUGCCGCUGGAGGCUGCUCCCAGGCAGCGGGAUCGCGGCGCCGGGAAGCGCCCGGCAGCGGUGGCCACAGUGUGCGCGGCGGCGCCUCCCGGCCUCGGCCCCCGGCCCCCGGCCCCAUGCACUAGCCCCGCGCCGCCGGCUCCGUAGUCCCGGCCCCGCCAGCCCCGCGAGCCCGCCCGCCCGCCGCCGCCGCCGCCGCCGCGCCGCCCAGGGACCCGGCCGGGCCCGCCUCGGGCCCCGCGGCUCCGGAGCCAUGAACUUCCAGGCGGGCGGGGGGCAGAGCCCGCAGCAGCAGCCGAGCCUGGCGGCGCCGGGGGGCGGCGGCGGCGGCGGCGGCGCGGGGGGCGGCGGUCAGUUCGGCGGCGCAGGGCCGGGGGCCGGGGGCGGCGGCGGCCCCUCGCAGCAGCUGGCUGGCGGGCCUCCCCAGCAGUUCGCGCUCUCCAACUCGGCGGCCAUCCGGGCCGAGAUCCAGCGCUUCGAGUCCGUGCAUCCCAAUAUCUACGCCAUCUACGACCUGAUCGAGCGCAUCGAGGACCUGGCGCUGCAGAACCAGAUCCGGGAGCACGUCAUUUCCAUCGAGGACUCCUUUGUGAACAGCCAGGAGUGGACCCUGAGCCGUUCGGUGCCGGAGCUUAAAGUGGGCAUUGUGGGGAACCUGUCUAGUGGGAAGUCGGCCCUGGUGCACCGCUAUCUGACGGGGACCUAUGUUCAGGAGGAGUCCCCAGAAGGGGGUCGGUUUAAGAAGGAGAUUGUGGUGGAUGGCCAGAGUUACCUGCUGCUGAUCCGAGAUGAAGGAGGUCCCCCCGAGCUCCAGUUUGCUGCCUGGGUGGACGCCGUGGUGUUUGUGUUCAGCCUGGAGGAUGAAAUCAGCUUCCAGACGGUGUACAACUACUUCCUGCGGCUCUGCAGCUUCCGCAACGCCAGCGAGGUGCCCAUGGUGCUGGUGGGCACGCAGGACGCCAUCAGUGCCGCGAACCCGCGGGUCAUCGAUGACAGCAGGGCCCGCAAGCUGUCCACAGACUUGAAGCGCUGCACCUACUACGAGACGUGCGCCACCUACGGGCUCAACGUGGAGCGCGUCUUCCAGGACGUGGCCCAGAAGGUAGUGGCCUUGCGGAAGAAGCAGCAGCUGGCCAUCGGGCCCUGCAAGUCACUGCCCAACUCUCCCAGCCACUCGGCCGUGUCCGCCGCCUCCAUCCCGGCUGUGCAUAUCAACCAGGCCACGAAUGGCGGCAGCAGCGCUUUCAGCGACUACUCAUCCUCAGUCCCCUCCACCCCCAGCAUCAGCCAGCGGGAGCUGCGCAUCGAGACCAUCGCUGCCUCCUCCACCCCCACACCCAUCCGCAAGCAGUCCAAGCGGCGCUCCAACAUCUUCACGUCUCGAAAGGGCGCCGACCUGGACCGGGAGAAAAAAGCCGCCGAGUGCAAGGUGGACAGCAUCGGGAGUGGCCGGGCCAUCCCCAUUAAACAGGGCGUCCUGCUCAAGCGGAGUGGCAAGUCCCUGAACAAGGAAUGGAAGAAGAAGUACGUGACCCUGUGUGACAAUGGGCUGCUCACCUACCACCCCAGCCUGCACGAUUACAUGCAGAACAUCCACGGCAAGGAGAUUGACCUGCUGCGGACCACGGUCAAAGUGCCAGGGAAGCGCCUGCCCCGAGCCACGCCGGCCACGGCCCCUGGCACCAGCCCCCGGGCCAACGGGUUGGCCUUGGAGCGGAGUAGCGCACAGCUGGGUGGGGGAACAGGUGCCCCCCACUCGGCCAGCAGCCCAGCCUGGGCUGGCCCGCGCCCAGAGGGGCUGCACCAGCGCUCCUGCUCCGUUUCCAGCGCCGACCAGUGGAGUGAGGCCGCUGCCCUGCCCCCAGCCAGUGGCCCAGCUGAGGUGCUCAGUUCCAGCCCCAAGCUGGAGCCUCCCCCAUCUCCCCACUCCAACCGGAAGAAGCACCGGAGGAAAAAGAGCACCGGGACCCCCCGACCAGACGGCCCCGGCAGUGCUGCUGAAGAGGCCGAGGAGUCGUUCGAGUUUGUGGUGGUGUCCCUCACCGGGCAGACGUGGCACUUCGAGGCCUCGACGGCGGAGGAGCGGGAGCUGUGGGUGCAGAGUGUGCAGGCCCAGAUCCUCGCCAGCCUGCAGGGCUGCCGCAGCGCCAAGGACAAGACUCGACUGGGGAACCAGAAUGCGGCUCUGGCUGUGCAGGCCGUGCGCACCGUUCGUGGCAACAGCUUCUGUAUUGACUGCGAGGCCCCCAAUCCAGACUGGGCCAGCCUGAACCUGGGCGCCCUGAUGUGCAUCGAGUGCUCGGGGACCCACCGGCAUCUGGGGGCUCACCUGUCCCGGGUCCGCUCCCUCGACCUCGAUGACUGGCCACCUGAGCUGCUGGCCGUCAUGACCGCGAUGGGCAAUGCCCUGGCCAACAGUGUCUGGGAGGGGGCCCUGGAUGGCUACGCGAAGCCAGGGCCCGACGCCUGCAGAGAGGAGAAGGAGCGCUGGAUCCGGGCCAAGUACGAGCAGAAGCUCUUCCUGGCCCCGCUGCCCAGCUCGGAUGUACCGCUGGGCCAGCAGCUGCUCCGCGCGGUGGUGGAAGACGACCUGCGGCUGCUGGUGAUGCUUCUGGCCCACGGGUCCAAGGAGGAGGUGAACGAGACCUACGGGGACGGGGACGGGCGGACCGCCCUGCAUCUCUCCAGCGCCAUGGCCAACGUCGUCUUCACACAGCUGCUCAUCUGGUACGGGGUGGACGUGAGGAGCCGGGACGCCCGGGGCCUGACCCCGCUGGCCUAUGCUCGCCGGGCCGGCAGCCAGGAGUGUGCAGACAUCCUGAUCCAGCAUGGCUGCCCCGGGGAGGGCUGCAGCCUAGCCCCGACCCCCAGCAGAGAGCCUGCCAACGGCACCAGCGCCUCCGCUGAGCUGCACCGAAGCCCUAGUCUCCUGUGAGGCCCAGGAAGAGGGCAGAGGGGCCAGAAGGACUCCAGGGCAUGGGGACCCACCCCCCUACAGGCGCUGGGAGAAACAAAGACACAGAGACUGGGAAGCAGGGACGUGCAGAGAGGAAGGAGGAGAGGGAAACGGGAAGAGUCAAAGGGAAGAGCUAAAGGGGAGAGACAGAAGGAUGAGAGGAGACGCCGGGCUUGGAGCUGCAGCAGAGGGGUUGGAGGUGUCUGGCCCCUGCCCUCCGGUGCCACUGAAAAGGGACAGGACCCUUUGGAGGUACUGUGAGGAGAGGGGAGCAGGACCUCGCCCUCCUCCAGAGUCCUACCUUCUCGUGCCAGCCCCCUGUGAGCCUUCUCCUAAAACGGAGCCUGCGUGGGGCAGACGUUGGGGGGUGACCUGCGAGUCCCAUGUAAAUGUGUACAUUGGAAUAUUUAUGUUUGUGUACAUAUUUGGCGUGUGUGAGGUGCCAAUAAACCAGACUGUGUGUGUGGC